AUGCUGCCGGCUAAACUUGUGUCUCUCAAUGCCAACCACAAUCUACUUAAAACAAAGGGAAUAAAAGCAAACAUUUUUAAGAAACUCACCAAGCUAUCAUACCUGUACCUUGGAGACAACGGGCUGGAGGCUGUCCCGCUGCUGCCGGAAACCCUCCGCGUGGUUCAUCUGCAUAACAACAACAUAACGUCACUGACGGAUGCCACAUUCUGCAAAGGAAAUAAUACGCACUACAUCAGGUACAACAUGCAGGAGGUUCGGCUGGACGGAAACCCGAUAACGUUGGCCCAGCAUCCCAACAGCUUCAUCUGUCUGAGAGCUCUACCAAUUGGACACUACAAGUGAUCCGCUGAGAAAGAAGAAAAUGUUCCUUAAGCCAUUGUCCAACUGGCAACCACUGCUAAGAUGAAGAUUUAACAGCUUAAUAAAGAAUCUUUGAGCAUUUAGACAUUUAAGAUCAUUUACAUCAUUUGUUAGAAGCAUAUACAGGCAAUAACAACUUUUU